AUGACAAUUUCCAAUGACAUACCGCUACCACAAGAGCGAGUUGUGCCAGGUUCCUGCAAUAUUGAACCUGGUCAAUUCCCCAAGACUAUGUUAGAGUCAGGUCUUCCUCUAGACCCGGACGCUAUUGCAUCAAACAUCGUCGACCAACUAAACCAGGGUCUCUCAGCCAAAGACAAGAAAACUGUUGCAUCACUGUUCCUCGAGAAUUGCUAUUGGCGCGACCACUUGUGCUACUCGUGGGAUUUUCGCACCCUCGAGGGGAGCCAAGCUAUUGCUGCCUUUGUCACUGAGGCACCACUCAGCAAAAUCGAAAUCGACCGAUCGUCUGACUUGAGAUCGCCACAUAGAGCUGCCAUUGAUGCUUUCGGUGAUGUCUUCGGAAUUGAAUUUUUCUUCAAGCUCACCACCGAGGAUGGACAGGGAGAUGGUAUUAUGCGAUUGGCGGAACAUGAUGGCAAGUGGUACAUUUUCACCGUGUUCACUUCCAGGGUUGCGUUAAAGGGUCACGAGGAGAAAACGGGGAGGCCCUUUGGUGUCCGCCUUGGCGAACAUCAAGGUCGGAAGAACUGGAAGGAUCAACGUACUGAUGAAAUCAACUUCGAGGGCAAAGACCCGGCGGUAUUGAUAGUUGGGGCUGGUCAGGGUGGCUUGACUGCCGCAGCACGUCUCAAGAUGCUCAAGGUCGACACCCUCAUCAUCGACCGAGAGGUGAGAGUCGGAGACAACUGGCGUCAGCGAUAUCACCAGCUCGUUCUCCACGACCCAGUGUGGUACGACCACAUGCCCUAUUUACCCUUCCCGACCGACUGGCCCAUCUAUACACCAAAAGAUAAGCUGGCAGAUUUCUUCGAAACCUACGUCAAGUUCCGAGAGCUCAAUGUUUGGACCCAAACUGAGAUCAAGUCAUCAUCCUGGGACGAGGACAAGAAACAAUGGACGGUUGUUCUCGAGCGUAAGACAGACAACGGAACUGAGACGCGCACCUUGCACCCUCGCCAUGUCAUCCAAGCUACCGGCCACUCCGGCAAGAAAGACAUGCCCGCUUUCAAAGGAAUGGAGGACUUCAAGGGAGAUCGUCUGUGUCACAGCUCGGAGUAUCCUGGCGCGAAUUCCGAGUCAAAGGGCAAAAAGGCCGUUGUCGUUGGAUCUUGUAACUCAGCAAACGAUAUCGCCCAGGACUUUGUUGAGAAAGGAUACGAUGUGACCAUGGUGCAGCGAAGCUCUACCUGUAUAUUAUCGUCUGAAUCUACCCUGGGAAUUGCCUUCAAAGGGCUCUACGAUGGGAACGGUCCGCCAACCGAAGACGCCGAUCUUUAUUUGUCGAGUAUUCCAUUGCGUUUGUUCAAAGCGCAACAAGUGAAAGUCACCAAACUCACGAAUCAGAACGACGCAAAGACCAUUGCAGGGCUGGAAAAGGCAGGCUUCAAGGUCGACAAGGGACCCUCGGACAGCGGUCUCUUGAUGAAGUACUUCCAGCGUGGAGGCGGGUACUAUAUCGACGUCGGUGGAAGCCAGCUCAUUAUCGAUGGGAAGAUCAAGGUGAAGCAUGGCCAGGAAAUCAGUCAAGUUCUUCCCCAUGGACUCCGGUUCGCAGAUGGUACAGAGCUUGAAGCCGAUGAAAUCGUGUUCGCCACUGGGUAUCAGAAUAUGAGAACUGACACUCGUGUGAUCUUUGGCGACAAGGUUGCUGACAGCGUUGAUGAUGUCUGGGGACUUGAUAAAGAGGGUGAAAUUCGGACUAUCUGGCGGCGGAGCGGUCACCCUGGGUUCUGGUUUAUGGGUGGGAACCUCGCUCUUAGCAGAUACUACUCGCGUCUGCUAGCAUUGCAGAUCAAAGCGCUGGAAGAGGGGUUGACUACUUGGUAA